CUCAGUUCGACUCUAGUCGCUUUGCCGCUUGGAACGGGCGCGUCAAACGUCGCCGGCCACACGGAGAGGGCGAGAGAGGCUAAAACUCGCUGAAGAAGCGAAGGCGAAUCCGACAGAUAUGUGGACCGUGUGAAUGCAGUGUUCAGUGACGUAAUAUUUGUGUGACAAUCUUAUCAGGACACGCGUGGAGGUGACUGUACAAACAAUGGAUAUGAAAAGUGCGAUAACCACGACCAACUGGCACAUCCCGCGGCCGUCGUUAUCCAGUAGUAGUACAGGCAGCAUCAAUGACCCGCGAUCUCAAAGAGGCUCUGCCUCUAGCCAAGGCUCUUCUAGCAAUCACAGCACACACAGCGUGUCUUCUGGAUCGUUGCUGUUGAGUGCAGCGAAUUUAGCACGGAUGGAUGGAAGGGAUUUAUCCCAUAGCAGUUACAUAAAUCAAAACAAAGAAGCUAAUUUGAUUUUUGAAUGUAGAAAGUCGCCGUUGACAAGUGCUGUAAUCACCAUUCCUGAAGAGACUCGAGAUGUGUCGGAUGCCUAUUGGUCUGAUGUCAAGCGAGGAUCAAUCCCCGAACAAGACACGACAUCCCGAGCGAGCUCCACCCACUUCACGGUUGUGAAUGGAUUUACAAAACAUCGAACAAAUAAGGAGCCAAAAACUUGUUGUUGCGAUCACUCACAUCAGAUUACCGUGCUUGUCAUAUUCAUGACUAUCCUGCUCUCCGUGUGUAUAUUAGCUGCAGUAUGUUUUGUGGAAAUGCGGAUGCGCAGAGAGACCGGAAUGUAUAAAUAUUCUUAGAAAUACGAAAAUUGCGACGAAAUGUUAUAAAAAGCACGACAGCAAGAAUUUUUGCAAUUAGAAAAGCAAUUAAGAAAGCAUACGAUUUUGUUUUUGCUAUGUAGAAUGUCAUGGAUAACUUUAGCAAAUCCUUGGAGCGUUAUAAAUAGUUAUUGUUUCAUUAAAACUGCUGUAAGAAAUGUUAAGUUAUCAUUUAAGUAACAAUAAAAUAUUUUAGAUUAAUUUACUAGUGCAAUAAUGUUACAAAUCUUUGUAACAAAUUAAUAGGAGAAAUUAUUUAGCCAAUUAUCUGUAUUAUAAUAUUUAUGACUUAGUGCCCAAACUAUUUCGUAUUAGCAAUUAUUUAGAUAUAAGUAAAUUAUUUGAAAAGCAGGUAGCUGUGAUUUCUGUAGCAAAUUUUAUAGUAUUAUGGAUACUAAGAUACCAGAAACUAUAAAAUUUUAUAUUUGUAAAUAUUAAGAACAUUUAAAAAUUUAUUGUUAGCCUUAGUUGUAAUGAAGCAAUGAUCGUGGACUUUCACUUUCCAUUCCGUUAGUUUAAUGCAGAUCUUAAAUGUCGUAACUUGGUAAAUAUUGAAUUGUAAUGAAUAGACAUUUAUGUAUUUCUAAACAAAAAAUCCAACUCAUUAACAUUUCCUUAUUGUUAGUUUACAGAACAAAAAAAUCACUUCAUUAUAAACAUUUCUAAUUUAUUAAGAUAUUUAUUUGUUUGUGGGCAACAUUUUUACAUG